UGCGAUGCGAUGCGAUUGCGAAUCCCGUGUCGUCAAAAUAUAACAUACCCAAACCCUUCAUAUCAGCUUUCCCUAACUUUCUUUGCAGUCUCUCUCUUGUGGGGUGUCCUGAAGAUCAUGGCUCUUCUGGGUUGAAUGGUGCGUUUUCUCCACCUCUUGAGCUUCCAAUUAUGAAACAGACCUUCGUUUUUGAAUUCAAAUGUAGGGUUUUGUAGAAUUCUUCGAUUUAAAUCCGUUUUAGUUCCUUAUGAUGAGUAUGUUUUGUCUUUAUUCUGUGCUUCAUAGAUGUUGGGUAUGAUUGGGUCAGAUUCCUUUUAGCGAUUUGAUCCGUGUUACAGUUUUAGGGUUUGCUCAUUCGAUUGAUUGAUCGAUUGUUGUUAUUAGCAUCAAUUAGUUGGAUUUUGCGAACUCUUCUUGUUAUAGAGAGAUUUUCAAUUGACGACAAGUUUGGAAACAAUUCUAAAGCUAAAAUUUCAUUUCUGUUGGGGGAAAAUGUGUUUGAUUAAUUGGAUUCGCAUAUUUUGUUUCUUUUGGGAGCUUUUCAAUCAAGUUCCAUUUGCGAAUGCAUUUUGACAGAUGAAACUCGUUUUCAUUUUGGGGAACAACUGUCUGGUCCUUCCCAUUUCGGUCGGUAGAAUUUAUAUACCAAACCUUCACAAAUUUGAGUAGAUCACGUCAUAAUACAACUCUAGAGUUAUAGUCUAGUAAAGCUUCUGAUUUUAUAGAACUUGAUUCCAUCAAAAGCUACUAAUUUCUGGUUUUCAUUAAAUGGGCAUUUUGAGACAUGAAUCAUUGAUGUCCUUGAUUGCCCCUUUGUAAUUGAUGACCUUUGUGGUAACUAUAUUACAGCCAAAUCUGCAACGAGUAUUGUAGAUAUGGAUAGAUAAUCAACAAGAAUCGAGGGAGGGUGUUUGUGUUUUUAAGUAUCCUUCUCUCAUGCUGCUGAAGGGUUGAACAAUGGUCUUCUACAGCCGAUGUUUUUCUAUGCUAUAUUUAUUACAACCUGAUACAAGUGCCCGAGCAAACACUUCAGUUGAUACCUUUCAGACCGCUAAUUCAACUUUUGAGUUGAGAGGACGUGGGUCGACAUCCAAUCCUCAGAACGGCUCACAUACGAGUCAAGAGUGCACAAGGAGGUCGGUUAUCCCGAACUCUCUUAGAGAAUUCAAACUUUCUGAGCUUAAAGAAGCCACUAAAGAUUUCAAUGAGUCUUGCAAGAUCGGGGAGGGUGGAUUUGGGAAAGUACAUAAGGGCUCGGUCAAGAGCUUAGAAGAUCCGUUUAAGGAUAUUGAUGUGGCUGUGAAGCGAGGUAACAGAGGACAAAAGGGAUACAGGCAAUGGGAGACAGAAGUGAAUGUUCUAGGGGAUGUUAAGCUUCAACAUCCAAACCUUGUGAAGCUAAUUGGCUACUGUAAUGAAGAUCAUGAGAAUGAAAGCAACUGGCUUUUGGUGUAUGAAUAUAUGCCCAAUGGAAGCGUAGAUGAUCAUUUAUCCGCUAAGUCAACUACACCACUCUCGUGGGUCAGGAGGCUAAAGAUAGCGCGAGAUGCCGCUACUGGUUUGGCAUACCUACACGAGGGAAUGGACAAGCAGAUCAUCUUUAGAGAUUUCAAACCACCCAAUAUUCUUCUAGACCGCGAAUGGAAUGCCAAGCUUUCGGACUUUGGAUUUGCUAGGAAUGGUCCUCAAGACGGAUGGACACAUGUCUCAACAGCGGUAGUAGGAACAAAGGGAUAUGCAGCUCCAGAAUAUGUCCAAACUGGUCGUAUGACAUCCAAGAUCGACGUAUGGAGCUACGGUAUCUUUCUCGAGGAGCUAAUCACAGGUCAACGACCGGUUGCCCAAAACAAUCCCGAGAAAAACCCUCAAUUCUUGAGGUGGGUUUGCUGCUACGCAGGUGACGGAAAUUCAAAGCUAAGCAUCGACCCAAGGCUUGAAAAUUAUUCUGAGAAAUCGAUGGAAAAGGUAAUUUUCAUUGCCAAAAUGUGCUUAGCCAAGGAACCAAAGUCGAGGCCAACGAUGAGUGUGGUCCUGAAAAUGGUGAACGAAGCCAUUGCAUUGGAGGAUCAGCAACUUCAGGAUGCCAGCAAAUCUUGACGAGGACGACUCAGGUAUACCUUUAUAUAAAUGAUCCCGAAAGAGUUAUAUUUCAAAGACUCCGGUAUGUUGUUUUUUCCCGCUAUGUCGUGUCGACUAUUUUUUUAUCGUGUAUAUAUAGAAAUGGAAUGUUGGUAGACAUGUUUUGCCAAUUUGGAUAAAGAUUAUGAAUUGAGUUAAGUUUGAAUUGUUAUUAACUAUCAAGAGUCAAACCAUAGAUCUAAAGUUUGACUUUAUAUCUUAAUUUCAAUUAAAAC